CUCCUCGUCCUCCUCCUCCACCACCUCCUUCUCCUCGCUACUCGCUCACGUCCCAACCUUGAGCGGCGAGUUGGCCGCGGCCGAGAUUUCGCUCUCUCCAGGGUCUCAGCUCACCGUUUACUAGCCCCUUCUUGUUUUGUGCUCGUGGCCGACACUGGAGUGGAGAGGUCGACGUGUUGGACAUCACUCGCCCGCUCUGCUCUUCUUUGCGCUGCGCCUUCGGAGUCAUGGAUUCAUGAGUGUUUUUUCUUCCGACCUCAACCUCGAUCAAGUUGGAAAAAGAGUGUGCAUAACCUGCGACGCUCUCUUUCCCAGCUCCAUGUUUUACCCGGACUCUUUUCUAAGUACCUGGCUCCCCGUGCGGUUUCGCGGUUUGCCGCUCUGAACUUUUUUUUUUUAGAUUAUUAUUGGCGAAAUUUACGGAUUUUUUUCCGAAAAGGAUUUCGUUCAAAAGCCGGGAUUCCUGAAAGCCUGCCAACAUUUAUUCGUGAAAAGUGAUGGCCGAGCGGGGAGCUCUGUUGCUCCUCUCUCUCCUCUCUUGUCUCACCUUUCUGUGCACAAGGAGCACGGCGGCCAGGCAUGUCGACAAAGCAUCAGCAGCACAGCCUUUCAGCCCAUUCUGGUUCACGGUGGAGCCCCGGGACACAGUGGCCAUUCGGGGGAACUCUGCGCUGCUCAACUGUUCUGCACACAGCGAUGCAGCAGCACGCAUCGAAUGGAAGAAAGAUGGCACCUUCAUGAGUCUGGUUUCAGAUGAGAGACGGCGCAUACUCCCUGACGGCUCCCUACUCUUCACCCAUGUGGUUCACUCAAAGCACAACAAACCUGAUGAGGGCACUUACCAAUGUGUGGCCACCAUUGAAAACCUAGGAUCCAUUUCAAGUCGCACAGCGCACCUCUUUGUUGCAGGAAUGCCCAGGUUCGCCAGCCAGCCAGCACCUGCAAUUGUUCGUCAAGGUGACAGCCAAGUCAUGGCUUGUGAGGUCAACUCGGACCUUGUCCUCUUCACCCGCUGGGAGAAAGACCGUCAGCCCCUGGAGCUCAACUCGAGGCUGGUCCAACUACCCAGUGCUGCCUUGGUGAUCAGCAACGCCACAGAAAGUGAUUCUGGUCUUUACCGUUGCUUGGUGGAGAAUGUGGGCUCAUCAAAGUUCAGCGAAGAGGCACAGCUCCAGAUCCUGUCAGAAACCGGAGACGAUAGGAAGCUGGAGUUCCUUGUUCAGCCUGCGUCUGUGACCAAGGUCCUGGGAGCCAGCGUCUUGUUGCCCUGCGUGGCCACAGGUUUUCCAACACCACAUGUGCGAUGGAUGUUUAAAGAUAAACUUCUAGAGGAAAGUGAGGGCCGCAGGGAAUUGCUUGGAGGUGGCAGCCUUCAGAUUUCCAAUCUCACAGAGGACGACGCUGGCAUCUACACUUGUGUGGCUGAACACACCAAUGCAACAAUUGAAGGCCAGGCUCAACUCACUGUGCAAGUUCCUCCCCAAUAUGCAAAGAAGCCAGCCAACAUUUACGCCCAUGAGUCCAUGGACAUCGUGUUUGAGUGCGAAGUCACAGGUUCACCAGCCCCCACUGUGAAAUGGGUGAAGAAUGGCGACGCUGUUAUUCCAAGCGACUACUUCAAAAUUAUUAAGGAACACGAUCUACAGGUUCUGGGCCUGGUCAAAUCCGAUGAAGGUUUCUACCAAUGUCUGGCUGAAAAUGAUGCAGGAAACAUUCAAUCCAGUGCUCAACUCAUCAUCUUGGAUCACGACGUAGCCCUGCCCCCUCUCCUUCCCCCCUCACUGACUCCUAACACUACUGACCAUGUAACGCCAGGCUCUGGGGGUGUAGCUGGUCCAGCAGGACCCACUCCCUCCGCCCCCCGCGACGUUGUGGCUUCGCUGGUUUCCACCCGCUUCAUCAAGCUCACCUGGCGCCCGCCGGCUGAACCGCACGGAGACGAGCUAACCUACUCUGUUUUCUACAGCCAGGAGGGCACAAGCAGGGAGCGAGUUGUAAAUACAAGCCGACCAGGGGAGUUGCAGGUCACCAUCCCGAAUCUGAUGCCAGACACCAAAUAUCGCUUCAGGGUUGUGGCCCACAACAUCAAUGGUCAAGGAGAAAGCUCUGCGGGGCUCAAGGUGGCCACCCAGGCUGAAGUUCAAGUUCCCGGCCCGGCUCCAAAUGUGCAGGCGGCAUCAAAUACACCAACUUCUGUUUCUCUGAGUUGGGAGAAACCCGUCACGGGCAAUGGAGAGGUCCUCACCUACAAGUUGUAUUACACGGACAAAAGCAUUGGAACUGAACAGGAUGUUGACGUAAAUGGUCUGUCAUACACCAUGACAGGGCUCAAGAAGAACACGCAGUACAGUUUUCGUGUGGUGGCCAACAAUAAGCACGGUCUGGGUGUCUCCACUGAUGACAUUGUGAUCCGCACACUGUCUGAUGUGCCAAGUGCUCCUCCUCAAAACUUCACUCUGGAGGUGCAAAACUCAAAGAGCAUCAUGCUUCGGUGGCAGCCGCCGCCCUCAAAUUCCCAGAAUGGAGAAAUCACUGGAUACAAGAUCCGAUACCGUAAAGGAUCACGGCGAAGUGAGACAGCGGAGACCACUCGGGGGAACCAGCUUUCCAAGCUCAUUGAUGCUCUUGAGCGUGGGACAGAGUACUCCUUCCGGGUGUCUGCCAUAACUGUGAAUGGCACCGGCCCAGCCACUGACUGGACUACAGCAGAAACAUUUGAGAGUGACUUGGAUGAAUCCCGGGUCCCAGACCAGCCCAGUUCGCUUCACGUCCGCCCACUGGUGAACAGCAUCGUGGUGAGCUGGACGCCACCGGAGAACCAAGACAUUGUUGUGCGUGGCUACAGCAUUGGCUAUGGCAUUGGCAGCCCUCAUGCUCAGACCAUCAAAGUAGAUUACAAACAGCGCUACUACACUAUUGAAAGCCUUGACCCCAGCUCCCACUAUGUGAUCACACUCAAAGCCUUCAACAACGUGGGUGAGGGGAUUCCUGUAUAUGAGAGUGCCAUCACAAGGCCACAGUCAGACCCCAUAGACCCUGAUGUUGACCUGUACGAACUCUUCCAUGCUCCAUACACCCCAGUACCAGAUCCCACCCCCAUGAUGCCACCUGUGGGUGUUCAGGCCUCCGUGCUGAGCCACGACACUAUCAAAGUCACCUGGGCGGACAACUCGCUGCCCAAGAAUCAAAAGAUCACAGAUAACCGCUAUUACACCGUGCGCUGGAAGACCAACAUCCCUGCCAACACUAAAAUGAAGAUUGCCAACACAACCAGCUUGAACCACGUGGUGACAGGACUGAAGCCCAACACCUUGUAUGAGUUUUCCGUUAUGGUGACCAAAGGCCGACGCACCAGCACAUGGAGCAUGACAGCUCAGGGAACCACCUUUGAAACCAUUCCUAGUUCCUCCCCCAAAGACGUGACAGUGGUGAGCAAAGAGAACAAACCUCGCACCAUCAUCAUCAACUGGCAGCCUCCCUCUGAGGCAAAUGGAAAGAUCACAGGCUACAUCAUCUACUACAGCACAGAUGUCAAUGCUGAGGACCACGACUGGGUUGUUGAACCAGUGGUGGGCAACCGCCUUACUCACCAGAUCCAGGACCUUACUCUAGACACGACAUACUACUUCAAGAUCGAGGCUCGAAACUCAAAGGGCAUGGGCCCAACAUCUGAGGCUGUACAGUUUAGGACCCCAAAGACUGAAUCCUCUGACAAAAUGGCAAAUGACCAAGCCUCAAAUCUGCCAUCGAAACCUGGACCUCCAGGCAACCAACUCCCCCUUGAUCCUGGAUCAGCAGUUGGCAAAUCGGGGAUGGGAAACAGUGAAAAUCACAUCCUGGUCAUCGUUGUCAUCAUCUCCGUGGGAGCGUUCACCAUCAUCGUGGUGGUUGUGGGGGCCUUCCUGUGCACACGGCGCACCACCUCACACCAGAAAAAGAAGCGGGCGGCCUCCAAGUCCUCCAACGGCUCGCACAAGUACAAGGGCAACUCCAAAGACCUGAAACCGCCCGAUCUUUGGAUCCACCAUGAGCGGCUGGAGCUAAAGCCAAUGGACAAGUCCCCGGAGCCGAACCCGGUCAUGACCGAAACACCCAUCCCCCGCACCUCCCAAGACAUUACUCCAGCUGACAGCGGGAUGGAGAGCAACCCCCACCUGCAACAGAGGCGAAACUCCUUCCGUGGCCAUGAAUCAGAGGACAGCAUGUCAACCCUUGCAGGCCGGCGGGGGAUGAGGCCUAAAAUGAUGAUGCCUUUUGAUGCGCAGCCACCUCAGCCUGUAAUUAGCGCUCAUCCCAUCCAUUCCCUCGAUAACCAUCAGCACCAUUAUCACAUGGGCAGCCUGGCGUCGCCCACGCGCAGCUACCUCUACCACCAAGGCAGCGGGCACCUCCGCCCGCAUGCCUGCAGCCCCAUCUCCCAUCUUGACAGGGUGGACUCCACAGAAUCGGUGAGGAAUACACCUUGUUCGGAACCUCUUCCUCCUGCCGCCACCUCCUCGCAGGCUUCCUGCCCCUCAGAGAUCAUGGCGGACCCCGAGGGCAGUUACCACGGCUCUACCACCACAGAGGAAGAGUCCUGCUACACCAGCAACUUGCCGCCCAUGCGCUCGGGCCACCCGCACGCCCACGCUCACCCUCUGAAGAGCUUUGCUGUGCCUGCCAUUGCAGCUGCAAGUCAUCCUUGCUUUGAGUCGCCUGCACUGCCCAGCACCCCCCUGCUAGCUCAGACUGGGCCUCCCACACACCCCCAUGUUGUUAAAACAGCCUCCAUUGGAACUCUAGGAAGGACCCGAACGCCAAUGAUGGUCAACGUGCCCAACGCCCCCGACGUCCCAGAGACCAGCAAGAUGUUGGAGGAUGUAGAUAGCGUGCUUGCUUCCCUGCCUCCCUGUCCCUCCCCCGCCCCUCGCAGUAACCCUGUUCCUCUCCCUCAGAGCUACGAACCAGACGAGCUGACCGAGGAGAUGGCCCACUUGGAGGGCCUCAUGAAGGACCUCAACGCCAUCACCACAGCACCAUGAGCGUCUGCGCACACACACACGCGCGCGCACGCACACACACUAUACAGAUGAAGCAUUGGUACAGGAAAGUAAAUUUAAAAAAAAAAGAAUCCUUUGGGAGCAAGUGGCCCAUGGACAGAAAAUUACUUCUGUGCCCCCCCAUACACACCCUCACGAUCUCUUUUUUUCGUCCUGCAAAGAAAAAAAAAGAAAAAAAACUUCUAGGGACUUUUUUCGCCUCACCUUUCUCACUCUCAGGAAGGAGAUGACCAUUGGUGGGAAGCAAAGUGAGACGCUUCAUGUUUUUAUGAAGAACCAUUCUCGGAGACAAUGAACUCAAAUGAUUGUGAUCUUACUUCCUCAGCAAAAAUACAAACAUGUUUUGUUUGUUUGUUCGGUGCCACAUGACAAUGCACGUCUAUGUCAAAUGUCCAACAACAUGCUGGUAUUGAUGUUGGUCCAUACCGUUCCCGUUUUCUGUUUAGUUUUUUUGUUUUGUUUUUUUUGGGGGGGGGGUGCAUUUUUGUAUAUCUAUUGGGCUGUUUCAGUGGAGUGAACAUUGGACAUCCCCCCUCUUUACAAGUCAACAUUAUUCCGACAUAUAGUCAUGUAUGUUCGUAUCACCUUGUACCAUGAUUUUGUAUUGUUUUCUACCUUGUUGUAUUCUUUAUUUUUUACAUACAGUACAUAUCCUUAUAAACAUGUACAUAUGUUGUUUUUAUCUUCUAACAUUUUGCAGUUUUCUUUCCAGCGGGGUCUCCCUUCUAAAAGCCUUACCGCCGUGUUUGCAGGUUGGGAGGUAAAGGUGACUCAGACUCAGGGUGCUGCCCCCGCAAGGUCCUUCCCUCCUUGGCACACACCCUUACAUUGCAGUCAAACAAUCACCUACAACAGACCAGUUGUCUUUUAUACAAAAAAAAAAGUUUGUGAGUGUAUGUUUUGUGGUGUUAACACAACUUUCUGGUGCCCCUUCCUUAAGUGCAACAUUGUGUUUCUAUUACAUGUCAUAGACAUGUUGGCCUUUAGAAUGGGACUCCCACUGAGUUUAUGUGCAUCAUCAUUUUUGUAUGAAAAAAAAAUGUGUUCACAAACCCGAUGUCAAGUCUACUUUCCCAUCAUCCUGUUACCCAAAGAAAUUUAUGGUAGUCAUUUUUAAUCUCAACCUUUGUGAUGUUUCUCACAAAUAACCAUUAUCAUGAAUGUCAUUCUUAAUGCAAGAGAUUUUAACAAUUGGUCGCUUGUUUUUUUUUUUUUUUUUUUUUACGAGGGAGAAUGUACAAACAGAAUUCCACUGAAAUAGGGGUGUUGUUAAACAUCAAUAAAAACAGAAUAGAUUGAUUUAGAAAUUAUGUUUAACCCAUAUUUAAUUGAAUAUAUUACACAGACAAUAUAUUUAAUGUUUAAACUCUUAAACUGUUUUCAUUUACUGUCAUCAUCAUUUGACUUUUUAAAGCUGCAACAAGUGGCAAAAAAGAGAGAGAGAGAAAGUUGAGGAAUGCUCAUCAAACACUUGUUUGGAUCAUCCCACAGGUGAACAGGCUAACUAGAAACAGAAUUGCUCAGUCACAAGCAAAAAUGGGGCAAAGUACACCUCUUUGAUAACCACUCCAAGAGAAAAAUUGUCAAACACUUUAAGGACAAUGAUCCUCAAUGUACAAUUGCGAGGAAUUUAGGGAUGUCAUCAUAUAUAGUCCAUACUAUCAUCAAAAGGUUUAGAAAAUCUGGAGGAAUCAGCAUGUCAACGGCAAGGCUGAAAACCAACAUUGCAAGCGCAUGACCUUCGAUCACUCAGGUGGUGCUGCAUCAAAAAACAACAUCCAUAUGUAAAAACGAUCUCACCACAUAGGCUCAGAACAUUUCAGAAAAUCAAUGUCAUUAAAUACCGUUCGAGGCUACAUCCAUAAGUGCAACUUAAAACUCUACAAUGCAAGGCAAAAGCCAUUUAUCACCCAGAUACACUGCCCGCUUUUCUGCCUCAUCGAAGAUGCGCUGAUGCAAAGUGGAAAAGUGUUCUGUGGUCAGAUGAGUCCCUAUUUCAAAUUGUCUUUGGAAAUUGUGGACGCCCUGUCCUACAUUUCAAAAAGCAGCAUCUGUGAUAGUGCCAAUGGCACGGGUAACUUACACAUCUGUGAAGGCACCAUUUGUGUUGACAGGUACAUACAGAUUUUACAGAAACAUAUGCUGCCAUCCGAGAAAUUUAUUUUUCAUGGACACCCCUGCUUAAUUCAGCAAGACAAUGCCAAACCACAUUUUGCACGUGUUACAAAAGCGUAGCUUGGUACCAAAAGAAUGGCGGGUAUUGGACUGGCCUGCCUGCAGUCCAGACUUGUCUCCCAUCGAAAAUGUGUGGCGCAUUCUGACGCAUAAAAUACAACAUUGGAAACCCAGGACAUCCGAACAUCGAAAUCAGUACAUCAAGCAAGAAUGGGAAAGAAUUCUAGCUCCAAAACUUCAACAAAUGGUGACCUUAGUUACAAAACGUUCUUUGAAUGUUGUUAAAAGAAAAGGUGGUGUACCACAGUGGUAAACAUGACCCUGUCCCAGCUUUUUUGCAACAUGUUGCAGCCAUCUAAAUGAAUGAUUAAUUUGAACAUUAAACAUCCUGUGUUUGUAUUGUAUUCAACUAAAUGUAGGUUGAACAUGAUUUGCAAAUAAUUGUAUUCCGUUUUCCCAUUUAUGUUUAACACAAGAUCCCAAUUUCAGUGAAAUUGGGUUUGCAUGAUUAAAAACAACAAAAAGUAAAAUUUCAGACUCCAUUUGGGAAAUAAUCUUUUGAGUUGUUACCCGUUGAACCUGUAUUGCACUUUUUCACAGUUUUUGGAAAGAAAAUUUCUUACAUAUCUUGUGUUUUGAAUAUCAAAUGCUGUUUGUGUAAUGUAGAGUCCUAGAGGUAAAGCGGCAGGCAGCUGGUCUUGUUUUUUGUUGAUUUCUUUUGUUGUUGUUGUUGUUGUUGUUUGUUUUUCCUGCUCCAGAGAUGAUAUGAAUUUGAGAGGCCGAGUAUUGACUUUGCAGCUCAUGAUGAGGAAUUAUGUUGUUGCUUGUUCAUGUACAGAAUCUUCUUUGCUUUCUGUAGGAAAACUGAAAAUCAGUGGAUUUUUAGGAAAACGUUGAAAAACAUGGGGGAGUGUUUUGUUUUGAUGUUUUGUUUUGUUUUUAAAUUGGUGUAUACAACCUCUUAUGAAUACUAACAAAAUAAACGUUUCACAUUGUUUUAUUUCAUCAUAAAUAGCCAAGAAGGCAACGCAGGCAACAAAUUAUGUGAAAUUGUUAUAGCACUGGCCACAAAUUUACGCCUUCCCAAAUCUGGACAGAAAAUAAUUUUUAAAAGAAUUUCUCUGAGAAAGAUUUCAUAAAUGACUUUAAAAAAAAAAGUAAACUGACAAAAUGUGGUGGGUUCCUUCGAUGCAGAGGCUGCAUUAUUCGCUUUUAUGAAAUGAUUUAUUAAUAUCUGUGAUAUCAUGUUCCAAAUAAAAAGUUGUGUGCUCGAGAA